ACAUUAAAAACUGAAGUCAUGAAGAAAUUUGCAAAUAAACAGGUAUGUUUUAGAAAAUGGAUAAAAGGAAAGGAUGAGCGCUAAGUAAACAUUUUCACAUUUUUUGGAUGAAUUUCAAUCAAACGUUUUUACAGGUUUCUUCUAAAACAAUCGGUAAUUCGUCAACGUCAAAACCCAAGGUCAACGGUGUAAAUGACAAAAAAACUAAAUCCAUCAUUAAAAGAAAAUCCAUCAAAUAUAACUGUAAAGCUCUGAAAAAGACUUCUUUAAGACGAUCAUUAAGAAAGCCAUCCAAAAAGAUUUAUACAGUGGAAGAUGUGCCUGAUGAUGAUCUUAACAUUUUUGGAGGUCACAGCUGUAGACACUGUGGAAGGAUGUAUAGUUAUCCCGAUUAUUUAGAGAAACAUUUAAAACGAUGUCCAAUGCUUGUUUGUACGAAUCCCUGGGAAUGUCCACGUUGUGGUCGAAAGUACAGUAGUGAAGACUAUCUAAAUGUUCACAUGAAAAAUGAAUGCGGAAAAAAUCCACCAUUAAAACGACAUGUGAGGGUUCAAACAGGAGAGAAACCUUAUCAUUGCAAACAUUGUGGUAAAACAUUUAGACAGCUUUCUAAAUUGAAUAAACAUGUUAGGAUACAUACUGGAGACAAACCUUACCAAUGUGAAAAUUGUGGUAAAAGAUUUACACAGCUUGGUACCUUGAAACGUCAUGGUAUGAUACAUACAGGAGAGAAACCUUAUAAAUGUGAACAUUAUGGUAAAAGAUUUACACAGCUUGGUAACUUAAAACGUCAUGGUAUGAUACAUACAGGAGAGAAACCUUAUAAAUGUGAACAUUGUGGUAAAAGAUUUACACAGCUUGGUAACUUAAAACGUCAUGGUAUGAUACAUACAGGAGAGAAACCUUAUAAAUGUGAACAUUGUGGUAAAACAUUUUCACAGAAUUGUGAUUUGAAUAAACACCUUAGGAUACAUACAGGAGAGAAACCUUAUAAAUGUGAACAUUGUGGUAAAACAUUUUCCCACAAUAGUGCCUUGAAUAAACACCUUAGGAUACAUACAGGGGAGAAACCUUAUCAGUGUGAACAUUGUGGUAAAACAUUUACCCACAAUAGUGCCUUGAAUAGACACGUUAGGAUACAUACAGGAGAGAAACCUUAUGAAUGUGAAGAUUGUGGUAAAACAUUUUCACAGAAUUGUGAUUUGAAUAAACACCUUAGGAUACAUACAGGAGAGAAACCUUAUCAAUGUCAACACUGUGGUAAAACAUUUACACAGCUUUGUAACUUAAAAAGUCACGUAAUGAUACAUACUGGAGAGAAACCUUAUCAAUGGGAACAUUGUGGUAAAAGAUUUAAUAAGUCUAAUAGUUUUAAAAGACACAUGAGGAUACACACAAGAAAAACCUUAUCAAUGUGAACAUUUUGGUAAAACGUUUAAUAAGAAGAGUAACUUGAAACAACACGGUAAGAUCUAUGCUCGUAAGUAACAUUUAUGAUAUUAAUACUGUUGCAAGGGAUUUACAAAGGAUUGAUUGAGAGUAAGGCUGACAAGAAGGAGGCCUUGGCCCUUCUAAUCUUGUGAAGGACUGCCAUCAUGAAAAAAUGAAAUCCUUAGAGAAAUUAUGAUGGAGGU